CUGCUAAUGCUGCUGUUGCUGCUGCUGUAGCUGCUAGUGUUGACAAGCGGAGCUGUGGCGGUCGUCCGUCCGUCAAAUCGUCAAAAAUCCAGCUGAUGACGAUGGUGUUGGAUUGCUGCUGUUGUUGUUGUUGUUGUUAUUGUUGUUUUAUCGUAACCGUUGUCCAACCGACCGAUGACAAUCAGUCACGCUGCGGUGAAUCUUACACCGGGAAUAACUAACAAAAAAAAAAAAAACCCCCCAAAAAAACCUACUCCUGUCCUCCCCACUUCUUCCAUAUAUCAUUUAUGCCGUCGUAUUAUCCGAUUAGAGCGAUAGAGAGAAGGAGAGAGAAAGAUACUAAGUUAUACCUGGUUUCUAUGGAAAUACCUGUCUGGAGUAACAAUUGAUACAUACGUUCUCUUAUAACAUAUACAAUUAUAUUUCAGUGGAACCGAGAACGACAGGAAGAAAUUGUAUAUAAAAAAAUAACCUUUGGAAUUUAGAUGUGAUGAAGAAUUUACAUUAAAUUUCUUGAACAACAACGAUAUCAGUAAAAAAUAAAAAAAGGGGGGUGGAAAAAACAGAAAAAAAGUAAGCAGUAAGAAGCUCAUUUCUGAGGAUCAUAGCUUCACUUUCUUCGUUAUCUUCCUUUUCACUCUUUGCCCAUCUUUCUUUCUCUUUUAUUUACUCUUCCUUUCGAGUGUUCCUUCUCUAAUCAAAUAUAUUUUCCUGUGAUACUUUACAUUGGCAAAGGUUAUUUGAUUUGAGGGAGCGAAAUUAGUUACAUACAUACUUAAAUAUAUAUAUAUAUAUAUAUAUCAUAUCAUAUCAGUGGAUGUAAAAGCAAGAAAAAUAGGAUUUUCUAAAAGAAAUAUUUCUGAGAAAAGAAUUUCAUGAAUGAACUUUCCCGAGCAUUUUCUAAUCGGAUUUGUCUAUCACUCCAAUAAUUUCUCCAAUAAGAAUAUCCAUCAUAUAUAUAUCGCGAAACGAUUUCUUGUGAACGAAGUCGUUGAAUGUGAAAUCCAUAAACAGAAUUGGAUCGCAACAAAAACAUUUCGAAACUAUAUACCUCGUUUUUGAAAUUACUGUGUUCCUUUUUAUUGCUAGAAUGUACCAAGAAAGGAGAAUGGAGAGAUCUGUUGGAAUGAUAUUAAUCAUUCCGUUCGGAAUAUGCUUUAUACUCUUGUUUUUAGUCUGUUGUUUUGCCGACGAAAUGAAAAAGAUGUGUAUCCUGCCAUCACAAAUUCCGUUGUCAUACCGCAAUACCUCUCCUACCUUCAACACAUCACGUCGCCAAGAAGCAGCUGCCGCACACCAGAACCGCAUUGAUCUCGAAGAUGUCGAAGAACAAGGAUUCGUUGUUGAACAGAACGAAACUGAACAACUGAUAUCCGAAGAACUGCCGAUAGAUUUGGUAGUCCACGGCAAUAACAACAACGGUAGCGAUAGAAAUGACAAUAACAGCAAUAGCAUCAUCAGCUGUCAUCAACAACCGACAGACUUUUGUUGUAGUAACAACAGUUCUGAACAGUAUAUCAGUUAUAAUAACACAGGCCUACGUUUUGGCGAUGGUGGUGAGGAGGCAGAAACUUCUUUAAUUCCAGCGGUUAUAAGGCAGAGCAGUCUACAGCGGAAUCCAGCACAUACAUCUUUUUCAGACAUACGCAACCAAGAUAUGAUAACUUCUGAUCUCAUCUCUUCUCGUUCUGCCGCUGCUGCUGUCAACGCCUCUUCCACUUCCAUCGCCACUUCCAGCAUCAGUACCAUCACCAACGAGGCCACAUCCACUUCCGCUGCUGCGCCUGCGCCUGCGCCGCCUAAACCUCAGCCGAACUCCCACCAAGUAGAAGUUACAGUUUGUGUAAACAACCACUAUCAGCCGACAGACAGUUAGUUACAACGAACAAUGUAAAUUUGACACCAUAUCAUCAUUAUUUAAACGAAUCCAUUUAUCAUUUUACGCAUAACUGACGUCAUUCCGUAAUCAGAGCGCCAUAAUAUCCCUAAUAUGGAAUCACCACCUAAUCAACAACAGUUAUACAAUGAUGACCUUUCUUUAUACGUCUGAGUUAUCUAAAAAAACUCAUUAUUAUUGUUAUUAUUAUUAUUAUUAUUAUUAUUAUUAUUAUUAUUAUUAUUAUUAUGUUGAUGGGGAUGAUGACAAUAAGACAAAAAUACAAAAACAAAAAA